AGAUGGCUGGCUGUUUGUUUGCGUGGUGAAUGGUCGGAAAACAUGCGGUGAUAAAGACAAAAGAAAUGCACAAUUCAACUAUUGAUCCUGGUUCAGAUGGGUUGCAUUUCCUGGUAAAACCACAAGCAUUACGGUACUCCACUAGUGAAGAUGGCGUACCCAGGUCGGAUCAUAAUUCAUGGAAUUACCGUCUCAUGCAUUUUACUUGGAAUAUGUCUCGUUGACGCCGAAUGGUUGGAAGUAUUUUCCACCGUGAAAGGAACGGGGCAGACCGUUUACGAUGCCUGGAGUGCUGGUCCUGACGAUCAGGUCCUCCACAAUAAGUGCCCAGUCGUGGAGCAUUGGGGAUCACUCAACAUACAACAGGUGAAAAUCGUGCUGGAGUCUUCUUCUGGAAAUAUCGAGCUGGUCUUUGACGGGCAAAGCACGGACAAGUUCAGCUGGUUUUCUAAGUCUCGUCUGGUCUCAUCUCCAUGGAACGACAUUGACACUGAACCGCAAAACUACUUUUCAGUCGAAGGAGACGCCUCGGCUAAGAGGUCUUUCUACAUCAACCGCAACUACGGAGGUUGUGGUGUUGAUGCCGGAUGGCUUAUGGUUGCUGACGAAGGUCCAGAUGGCGUCUGUACAUGGGAACGGACAUCUGAAGAUAACGCGCCACUCAUCAUGUUUUCUAAACAGGAUACGAACGUCAUCUUUGCCAGCGAUGGGGACGGGGAAUGUGUUGUCGACCCCACCAUGCGUCAGGAUUGCGGCUAUCCAGGCAUUAUGCAAGAGGAAUGCCAACAGCGAGGGUGCUGUUUCGAUACUUCAACUUCUAAUGCUUUAUUUUGCUUUUACAAGAAAGCCGGAACUGAUAUUGGAACGGCAGAACGCAUGGUUAUUUACAUCGAUGCCGGAAACGACGUGUUGUGCUCCUGCACUGCUGGUCUGUCUUUGAGUGAAGAUGGCACCUCGUGUGAUGUUAUCGCGGACUGUUCAACUUCCUCUGACUCUUCUCAGUUCAGCAGCGAGGAUACUUUUACCGUUAGUUGCCCUGCUGGCUGCUCUGGUAGCAGCAACAAUAAAGUCUGGGGGACUUACAUCUACACCGAUGAUUCGAGCAUUUGCCGUGCCGCCAUUCAUGACGGGAAGCUGACAAACUCGGGUGGACAGGUGACCGUCUACAAAUGGCCCGGACAGGACUCCUACCUUGAUACUGACCAAAACGGCGUUAAGUCAAAGAAUUACGACAGCUGGGGCGGAUCCUUCGCCUUCUCACCUGUUACUCAGAAAUGGCGCGAUGAUCUCCGUUGUGGAGACGGUUACACCACAGGAGACGGGAGCGCCGCUGAGUGCGACCCUGACGGGACCUUCCCCUGCUGCUCCCCGGGACACUGGUGCGGGAACACCGCAGAUCACUGUGACUGCGCCGACUGUGUCGACUACAGCGACAUAGCAAGUAGUCCGGAUUAUAGCAGCCUAGGCUGCUGGACUGACACUGCUGACCGUGCCAUACCGACACUGGAAGGGACAGAUCCACGCUUGGAUGGAGACUACAUAGCACGUGUCAACCCGAUUGAGAAGUGUUACAUGGUGGCGCGUUCUCGUGGCUUCUCCGUGUUUGCUGUCCAAAAUGGCGGCUGGUGUGCCGGCUCCGCGGAUGGACACGACACGUACGACAAGUAUGGGUCUUCUUCGGCUUGUGUGGCGGACGGAGAAGGGGGACCAUAUGGCAAUAACGUCUACCAGAUAACAGACCCCCUAGCAGAUCCCUCUGAAACCUGUCAGGACGGGGAUGGGACAUCUUACCGAGGUAUAGUGGCAGUGACCACAUCAGGCCGGACGUGCCAGGCCUGGGACAGUCAGACACCCCAUGAACACAGCAGGACGGCUGCCAACUAUCCGUCAUCCGGACUGGACGGGAACUUCUGCCGGAAUCCGGAUGGCGAGUCAGGUGUUUGGUGUUACACAACGGACCCUAACGAGAGAUGGGAGCUGUGUGACGUCGAAGUUUGUGAGUCAACGUCAAGUUUACAGUCAGCAAGUCUUCCAGACUUCUAUUUGGAAAUCGCCCUUUUCCUCGACCCCAGCCUGAUCCAGGAGUUAGGGGGAACCAACGGGGCCAGGGAGUGGUCAAAAGUUGUAAUGGUCGGGGUUCAGAGAAAAUUUGACUCCGGCUCUCUUGGCAAGAUUCUAAACCUGCGCGUCGUCAAGUACGGCCAAGCCGACACCCUGUCCAUGCAGAGUGAUUCCUAUACCAUGCUGAAUUCUUUUUGUCUGUGGCAAGAAUCUCAGUCAAAUUCCGCAGCGUGGGAUGUGGCGGUGCUUGUAGUGAACCGGGAUCUCACAUCUGUUAACUUCGGAAAAGGUGUCCUUGGAAGGGCAGUCCUGGGUGGCGUGUGUAGUGGGGAUGACAGUGAUAAAUGCGCUAUCGUGGAAUACCGAGGGUACCAAACCAUCGACACUAUUGUUCAUGAGCUGGGACACAAUGUUGGGAUGGAUCACGAUGGAGAUGGUAAUGAUUGUCUUGAUGGCAAAGACAUCAUGAGCACGUUGGACUAUGGCGGCAAGACAGCAUUUUCCAGUUGCAGCGCACACAGUUUCAACAAUUUUCUCAAAAAGACAAUGACCAAUUGUCUCAACGAUGAGGCCGAGAAUGGAGUGGUUUACACGAUCCCAGUCGACACUCAGCCGGGCGAACUUGUUUCGUGGGAUGAACAGUGCGAGAAGGCGCUGGGGACAGGAUGGCGUGGAAGUGACAAGGGCUGGAGAAGUCGGGUUGGAACAGAAUCGGACAGGCUAAGAGAACAUGAAGAUCGGUGCUCCAGAAUCCUGUGUACCGAUGGAAGCGGCAACGAGAAGAAUAUUGUACCAGUGGAAGGCAGCGUCUGCGGCACAGAUAUGUGGUGCCGUGGAGGAGAGUGCAUUGGUGACGACCUGGAGUCCGCCGAGCCGCCUCAAGACGGUGGAUGGUCCUCCUGGAAUGUUUGGUCAGGCUGUACCAAAACGUGCGGGCUGUUCGGCGUCAAGUGGCGCUAUCGUAGUUGUGACAAUCCUGAACCCACAUUCGGUGGUGCCUAUUGUGUUGGCGACAGUACGGAGUUUGGAAUAUGCGAGUUACAGUCUUGCGAAGAUGCCAUCGGUUUCUACGACGAACGGUUAGACCAAUGUGCUGCUCACAACGCAAACGAAACGUUUGUCCCGUACCUAAGCGUUCCUCCUCGUCUCUACUGCAAACUGACCUGUAUGUCGGAACAAAACAACGACUGGGUAGUCCUGGGUAAUGUGGAGGAUGGAGCAUACUGUCACGAAUAUGACAACGAUAUCUGCAUUGAUGGCGUUUGUCGGUCGGUGGGCUGUGAUGGAGUCUUUGAUUCCAACACAACAUACGAUAAAUGCGGUGUGUGCGGAGGAGACGGGAGUUCGUGUGUCAUGAAGAGUGGAAGAAAAACAUUCGAGUCAACGAUUGGAUUUCAUGACAUUGUCACUGUGCCAGAAGGCGCUAAGUUUGUGCGUGUGAAGGAGUUAUAUCCAGGCAAGCAUGACGAACCAUACUGGACCAGUUAUCUAUCUGUGGCUACCCAGAAUGACACGUGUAUCAUCAGCUGUUCCAUGGAGUCGUCAGAACUGGAAAGCGGUUAUGCCGAGGCUGUGGGCACCACAUUCCGCUACUGGCAGAAGUUAGUUGUCGACACACCGCUUACCUAUGACACUGAGUACCACGGGGCGGGGAGUAUCUUCACUUACGGACGCUUCCUGAGUAUCACCGAGGAGGUGUUCACAUAUGGUCCGAUCAUGGAGCCUGUCAACUUCCGAUACGUUUCCGUGUCUGACUUGAAUGUGACAUACGAAGUAUCGUACGAGUAUUCUUUACCGACAUACACAUUCCAUCAAACUCUCGGUCCUUGCAGCAAGACGUGUGGAUACGGUAUGCGUGAGGUGCUAAACGUAAGCUGCUACCACAACGGACUGGAUGAGAUAGUGGACGACAGCUUCUGUGAAGACUUUGGGCAGGAGCGCCCCAGUAGCGACCCCAUCUCUUGUUUCAAUAUGCUAGUAGAAACCUGCAAAGCAAGCUGGCAGGUAAGUAACUGGUCGGAUUGCUCCCGUACAUGUGCUGGAGGCAUACAGAACAGGAACGUGACUUGUAUGAGAGCCAGCGAUGACGCCUCUGGCAUCGUGGAGCAGGUCCCUCUGUACGAAUGCAUAGAGUCGGACUAUCCGUCCGCCACUAAGCUGUGCAACACUGGGUAUUGUGAUCCUUACUGGGGUGCAGGGGCAUGGGGAUCGUGUAGUACCACGUGCGGCCCUGGGAAGCGGCACCGUUCCAUCAGGUGCAUGGCGAUCGGGAUACAUCACGUCCCGAUACACGUGGACCCUUCUCUGUGCGAUGCUGACCUGAAGCCGAGUCACGAGGUAGACUGCUGGGAGGCCGGGAUGGAACCAGUGUGUCCUCUCUACUACUGGCGCAUGGAGCUGUCCGCCUGCAGUGUUUCAUGUGGACAAGGAGUUCAGUCGGCCCAGCUGAAGUGUGCGGCUUCAGACACGCACGACUCUGUGGACAUGAGCUACUGCCAGGCCUACAGCCAGCCUGACGAGCCUUCUGUACGGGAAUGUCAUCCGGGAGACUGUUCAUCGGCAGAUACCAACAGCAACACAAACGUUGAGUACCACCUGUCCAACGCUACCAUGGUGAUGUGCAGCCAUUUUGACGAGGUGACUCGCCAUGCUCUGUGUGACGGCCAGGCUCGCUUCCUACAUCUCCUACAGACUGCCGACCAGGUCUACCACUUCACCGCCUGCCCCAAUUCCAUCAGCCUGUUUUUGCUGAUCGACCCAAACAUGGUUCCCUCCGACCAUGCCGAAAUGCUCCUGGAAACAUCUGACAUCUACAAGUUCUACAAAGCCAAGGCGGAUGUUGUGCUAAGCGAGGUGUUCCACUGUGGUCAUGAGAUGGACAUCGGAGAUGCGGCUGUCACUGAAAUUGGCGAGGUGAACUCAGCCGGGCCACAAGACGUUGAAUUGACCGGGGACUACUACCGGUUUGACUACCACAACACCAUGGUGUAACUAAUGUAUGGAGUGUCACUGAUCUGUGGACGAGACCAGAUCAGAUAGUCAGGCUCGCUGGUGUAAACACAGCUAGAGCUAGUAAAACUAGUUUUAACGUUACAAAACUUUCUGCCUGGCGUAAAAGCUUGGGCAUACUUUUGCUUCCAGACGUACGAUGGUACGGACGGCUAAGUUUGAAUGUUAUGCAUUUGUAGAUUCUUUGCUCAGGGAAUUCUGUUAUCAGUAUCUGGUGACAACACGUGUCUGGAAUGACAGAUGAAUAAAUCUAGAACAUGGAAAUAGUA